AUGUCAGCACGCAAAUCGUCUAUUCGUCGCAGAGGAACUGGAUCUACCUCGCUGGGAGGAGCACAAGCAGGUGCAACUGGAACAGGAUCCAACUAUCCAAACUAUCUGCCUAUAUUUCGAGAAACAACCGAGCCUCGCUACGAUCUUGAAUCACCAUCACUGCCUUUACCUGAUUCACCCGGUGCUCAACAUGGCCGUAGAGCCAGCAGCUUCCGUAGUUUUCUCACAGACAAGAGCCUGCAAUCAGUGAUGAAUCAUGGCGAAGAUGGGGACAUAGUAGAGGAUGUCAAAACCGAUGUCCUGUAUCCUCGCUACAGGGCCAGCAAUGACGAUCAUGUAGACAUUGCUGCGUUCAAUAGAAUGGUACAAGACCGCACUCGCAAAAUGUCGACUGGCACACUGCAAUUAUCAAAGACACUGAGCCGACAAAAUCAGCUGUAUGGAUCAUCCAAGAACUUUGACAUUCAGCAGCCAGGCAUCCGAUUUACGAUUUACUCUUCGCAAAAGAACUCCAACAUCUCGACCAGUCUGGAUGAAUUGCUCACUGAACAAGGGCAGAAGGCCUUGGAGGCUGUGGUGACAUCCAGAGGCUGGUGGGUGGAUGUGUUGUGUCCCUCUGUCGAGGAAAUGAGGGUUUUAAGCAAAACUUUUCAUAUACAUCCUCUAACGACAGAAGAUAUUCAAGCCCAGGAACCUCGUGAAAAGGUGGAGCUGUUUCCCAACUACACGUUUGUGUGCUUUAGAGCCUUUGAUGUGGAUCCCAUUUCCGACCUCAUCAAGCCUUUCAACUAUUACACCUUGAUCUUCAAGGAGGGCCUUCUCACUUUCCAUUUCAAGGGAUCCGACCAUUGCGAUGCAGUGCGUGAAAGAUGCGAUCAGCUCAAGACUUACAUGCCCAUCACGCCAGACUGGAUGAACUACGCUUUGAUCGACUCCAUUACAGAUAGCUUUGCACCCAUCAUCCUGCAGGUAGAAAUGGAAGCCGUGUCUAUUGAUGAGCUCUCGCUGGUGCUCAGGGAAUCAGAACAGGCAGACAUGUUGAAGCGUAUCAGUCGCUGCAGAAAAAAGUCGACUCAAUUGGCUCGAUUGUUAGGCUCCAAGCUGGAUGUGAUCAAAAGUCUAAUGAAGCGCUAUCAGGACAAAUCCCGAGAAUCCGCACUGUUGGAACAACAACAGCAGUCUUUUCCUGUCCAGCUGUCGACUGCACUGAAUGUUGUUGUGUCUGGGAAUGCCGCUGAUGCAGGAGAGAAUACGCCCAUGCGAUUGGCAUUGGAGAGUAAAAAGGCGUAUACCGACGUCUUGCUCUACUUGGGAGACAUUCAAGAUCACGUUGUUACCAUGGUGCAAAACAUCAACCACUACGACCGUAUUCUGCAUCGAGCGCACACAAAUUACCUCGCUCAAGUCAACCUCGAACUGACUCAGACCUACAACAUGACAAACAAUGUCAUGAACAGACUGACAUUCUUGGCUACCGUCUUUAUUCCAUUGACAUUGAUUGGAAGUUUGUGGGGUAUGAAUGUCUACGUCCCAGGCAAAGACCAUAAGGAUCUCAGCUAUUUUUACUGGAUUCUGGCAGCCAUGGCUUUGUAUUGUACGGGAUGUAUUUCAUUUGGCAAGCGACUUGGGCUUUUGUGA